GAUAACUAAAUAAUUUUGGUUUUUUCCUUGACGCGGAAACUCUCCUCCAACAGUGUCCACAAAAACCGAGUGGAAGGAAGGAUCCCCGAAACUACCUUAAAGUCGCUCCCCCAAGAGACUAAAACACCCACCCACCACCCAUACCCAUGACUUGAUCUCCCCCUCAUGACAAUGUCCAUAGUCAUCACCAUACGAAAGCUCUGUAAACCCCGCGAUAACGAUGACGACUGUGACGACGACGAUCCACCGCCAACGUUGGAAGACCAUCAUCCCCUUUCACCACUCAAAAUCUUGUUGAUAUGCACUCUUGCUGCCACUUUCGCUUUCCUUUGCUACAUCAUCCUCACCAAAAUAUGUCGUGCUUUUCAAACGAGACGUCGUAGGAGAAUUAACAAUAAUACAAAUGAAACCCCCUAUCAAGAGCCCGUGCUGUUUCAUCCCGUUUGGUUGAUCAACACCAUCGGUUUGGAUCAGUCCAUGAUCGACUCCAUCCAGAUGUUCAAGUACAGAAAGGAAGACGACUUGAUCGACUCUGAUUGCCCUGUUUGUUUGGGUGUCUUUGAAGAGGAAGAAAGCCUCCGGCUUUUGCCUAAAUGUAGCCACGCUUUUCAUGUCGCUUGCAUUGAUACGUGGCUGCGAUCUCACAAAAACUGCCCCUUGUGUCGAGCACCGGUGGUUAACACCCACGGAAAUAAUUCGGUUGAAUCAAGCACACAGGAAGAAGACUCGACCCCUGGAACUGAAAAUACCAAUGGUGUUAGGGUGCAGAGUGAUCUGACCAACCAUUGUUGCCAAAAACUUGAACCAAUCAGAAGAUCACUUUCAAUGGGCUCCUUUCACUUUUUUCAUCAAGAAUCAGCAGUGUCGCCUAAGCCGAAUGCGAUGCUGAAAAGUGGCAAGCCAAGAGGAUCGAGCUCGAGGGCGGGCCGAGAAUUGGUCUAGAAGAAAUUUGAAUGAAGCCUCUAUCUUUGUGAUUGUUUCUUUCAUGGUAUAUACAUACACCCCGUAUAGGUGUCACCACCCUUCUCUUAUUAUAUCAAAAUCCAACCUACAGGGGUUGAUUAAUAUUUUUAAAGUUGUACUGCCUUAGAAGCAUGUCAUGGUUUUUCUUACUAUGAUGUUUGGUCUCGACCAUAAGUUAAAGUGCAUGUGUAACGAGUUUGGGUUAUCACCAAUGAAUUGAUAUUUUAUAUGCA